GAAGUGGAGACGUCAAACUGGAGUUCCGCAUUAAAGCAGAGUUAGCUUCAGCAGCAGCUCAGAGCGCGUGAGACAUGAACUCCUCAUGUAAAACACGUUAGUUUGGAUUAAUGUAGACUCGAACACUGGCGGGAAAACACGCAGAGAGACGGACCAACGGUCGGAACACUUGUGGACGCCAUCUUUACUGGAUCCAGCAGCGAUGAGCGCCGGCUCCCCUUCGGUCCAGAUGGACGAGGUGAGGAGGAGAUGUCAGUCCCUCCUCUCCGUCUCAGGCUCGGCCCAGGAUGUGAAGGCUGACGUCCAGACGAUGGCCAACAUCCCGCUGCCUCUGUCGGAGAAGUACCGGCACUUUGGGGUGGAGGCCAUGCUGAGGGAGAACACGGCCGGCUGCAACAAACAGGAGGUUCUGGAGUCUUUGAGCAGACUGGUCAAGGCCUUGAGUAUCCUGGAGAAGUACGGCUGUAACCUGACGAGUCCUGCGAGGCCUCGAUACUGGAGGAGCGUCAAGCACAACAACCCCGUCUUCAGAACCACAGUGGACGCCGUCAAGGGCGGCAGGAGAGUCCUGUUUCUGUACGGUUACACCAACCAGCAGAUAGACGGCCUCAGUUUCCCCGACGAGGUCUCUGAACCAGAUACUGAGAAAGUCGCUGCAGUGACGCUGGAGGUCAUGACCUUACGAGCGGAGGUGGACAUGCUCAUCAAGGGAACACAUCCUCACCCAGAACAUUACAAAGAUAUCAUCCCAUCCAUCAUCCAGCAGAACAAAUCAGUGAGUGACGCUGUGGUCGUCCCGCCUGCAGAGGAGCAGCAGGCAGCCAAACUCCAGCCUCCGACUCCUCCGCCUAAACCAACUCCGAGCACCGUAGGACCCCUGAAACCAUCGACAGCCCCUCCUGCAGCGAGCGACUGUAAUCUGUGCGGCGGCCCUUCGUCUGUCGUUUGCCCAUCUUGUACCAAUCAGCCAUUCUGUGACGCGUGCGAUGACCUCUAUCACCGCCACCCCUCCAGAGCCACUCACAAGAGAGAUAAAAUACAGAAAACCAAAGAUGAGACCUGCAGCAUCUGUGGGAUUUCCCCUGUUCACGCUCAGUGCUCCACAUGUGUCCAGAGGUUGUGUCUGAAGUGCGACAUGCUUUUCCACUCUCACCCCGACCGCAAAGGACACAAGAGAACCAUCAUUACACCGGCUAAAACAUCCAGUCCCUCUCUGUCACCUUGGGAAUGCGCUCACUGCACGACGGUGAACGAGAUGCGAGCCGUCCUCUGCUCGACCUGCGAGCGACCGCGACUCGCUACGGCUGCAUCCACAGUUCAAGACAGCCCGGUGUCGGUGCCGACGUCACCCAACACAGAGUGGCAGUGUAAGAGCUGUACAGUCGUGAAUCAAGGCAGCAGCAUCCUCUGCGAGGUGUGCGAGCGCCCUCGUCUGGCUACUCGCCCUCCAGUUGCACCGGUGCUGUCCAGCCCAGGAUCCCUGCCUGACUGCGGAACAAAGUGGAUGUGCCAGUUCUGCACCUUUGUGAACACCAAGCCUUCUCUGGUGUGUGAGAUGUGCAACCUGUCGGGGAAAGACUCCUCUGGAGUUUCUCUGCCGCAGUCGCUCCAGCAGACUCCGUCCAUCCCUAAAGAUCAACCUCAGCCGGGCACGAGGCCUCAGCCGAAGCCCAGAGUCAACCUGGAGCUGAAGAGACAGAUGAUGAUGAAGGAAGACGGCCUCAACCUCAUCCACCAGAUCAGAGAAGCAGAGAAGUGCGGCAUCAGUCCUGAGGAGGUGUACACGGCCAUCUUGUGCAGCGGCAACAACACCAAGCCCUGUGAUUGGCUGACGUCAGAGCUGCCUCACCUGCUGGACGAGAUCUGCGCCAUGGCGGCUUCGGUCCAGCUGAACUACAGAGCAGGGGAUUCUGGGAUAGAAGCGGCGGUGGAGAGAGACGGAGGGGAGCCGGAGCCGAGCGUCGCUAAUGUCACAGGUGGAGGUGUGAAGCUGUCCAGAGCUGAAGCCAAGCGGGCGUGGUUAGCAGCCAGAGGAGACACAGACCGAGCAGUGAGACAGCUGCUGAGAGACAGACAGGUCAAGAUGAAGGAGCUUCACUCUCUCGGCUUCAGAGAUGCGUCUCAGUGUGAGGACGCCCUGCGGCUCAGCGGAGGGGAGGUGAAGGGCGCUCUGUCUCUGCUGCAGCGCCCUCUCCUGGAGCCCUUCCACCAGCGUAUCUGGACCGACCAACCCGAGCCGCCGAUCGACCCAAACAACCCGGACAAGCAGAGGAUGUGCAGGCGUCUGCUGGCGCUGUACGACCUGCCCAGCUGGGGGCGCUGCGAGCUCGUCAUCGCGUUGCUUCAAGAGCCGGAAGUCAACUACUCUCUGGAGGACGUAGUGAACGCUGUGAAAAUGUCGCCCGACAAAGAUUUCAUCCGCCGUCUCCUCAACAACGAAUGCCCCUUCUGUUGUAACGUCUACCCUCACAGCAAGAUGCAGUCUCUGACUUCCUGCCAGUGCUCCGUGUGUCACGAGUGCUUCAAGAUGCACUUCACCAUCGCCGUGAGAGACAAACACAUCAGAGACAUGGUCUGUCCCGGGUGCGGCGAGCCGGACAUCAACGACCCGGAACAACUGGACAGCUACUUCUCCACGCUGGACAUACAGCUGAGGAAUUGUCUGGAGAAGGAAGUGUACGAGCUGUUUCACAAGAAGCUGACGGAGCACGCUCUGAUGAAAGACCCAAAGUUCCUGUGGUGUUGUCACUGCACCUCUGGCUUUAUCAACGACGGAGACCAGCUGAAGGUCACCUGUCCGUCAUGUCGCAAGAGUUUUUGCGCUCAGUGUAAGAAACCUUGGGAGGCUCAGCAUCAGGAUCUGUCCUGUGAGCAGUUCCAGCAGUGGAAGAGGGAGAACGAUCCCGAGUACCAGAGGCAGGGCCUGGCCGGAUACCUGAGGGACAACGGCAUCACCUGUCCUCACUGCAGGUUCCAGUACGCUCUCACUAAAGGCGGCUGCAUGCACUUCAGCUGCUCCCAGUGCCGGUACCAGUUCUGCAGCGGCUGCAACAACCCGUACCACAAGACGGGAUGUAAGACGCCUCAGUGCGCCUUCAACGGUCUACACGCUCAUCACCCCCGAGACUGCCUCUUCUAUCUCAGAGACUGGGAGCCGCCCAGACUGCAAGAGCUGCUGAAGAAAAGCGGCGUGGAGUUCAACACAGAUCCUUCUACUGGAACACAAUCAGACGCUUGUUGUGUGAUGGAGCAGAAAGAUGAAGGAGGUCUGCAGAUCGACUCGCCGUGCGGCGUCAAAACACAGCCAGGACAAGCCGGACUCUGCGAGAAGCACUACAGGGAGUACCUGGUGAGUCUGAUCAACGCUCACUCUCUGGACCCGGCGCUGCUCUACGACGCCCAGGACCUGAUCCGGGCCUGCGAGAGGUACCAGGUGGACAAGCAGAGGGCGGAGAACGAGGACGAUAACGUUUACCACGCCCGGCUGCUCAAGAAACUGAUGGAGGUUCCUCUCGGAGAACAAGUUCCUCGAAACAAAUAACGAGCUCCUCAUCAGAACGUCACCAGCGCUCGUCUUCUGCUGAAGUUAAUCACUUCUUUCCUCGUCAGUCGUCUUGAUAAACAGAUAAUGAAGGAAUUCAUCUUCCUGCUUCCCUGAGAUUUUCAUCUUAAUAUAUUUUAUUUUGUAGGUAAAAGAGCUUUUAAAGGAACUUUAUUCGAGUUGGAUCUUGUACGAACGGAAAGUUUAGAGAUUUAUCUUUUGCACAAAUGUUUGUUAAAACAAUGAAGCAAAGUUAUACACAAAGAAAAGAAUCGUGUUCUCUGUCUGGAGGUUUAACGUUCUCAUUCUGUCAAAGACUGUUCAGAUUUUCUGCUGUCAGGUUUUUUCUGUGUCUUUUCUUUGUACAUGAUGAUCAAUAAAUCAGGAGAGAGCCGAAGA